AUGCCUGUAAGUUAUGUGUUCACGUGGGAGCACGCGGAGACGACGACUGAGUGCUGCUGCCGCGGCCUGCUGGUAGCCUUGACUCAGUUUUCCCCGGCUGUCCCCUUAAACUGCCAGGAGGUGUCCCAACGCACCCGAGCCGCGACCCAGGCCUGCAACGAGGGGUGGGCUAAGACUGUAGUAUUUGAGGAUAUACAGCCAGACCGCAUACCACCACAUGUGCAGCCAUUGAACGGAGGUCCUGUAUGGAAAAUUUUUCUCCUCACUGAAUCUGUGAGGUCAGCUGAUGACUUCUCAGCCAAGCUUAAGAAACUAAUGGUAGAAGAAGGUAAAACCAUUGAUGAUGUUACUGCCUUGCUGUCUAGUGGAACCCCACAGGAAAACUCCCCUGAAGCCAUCAUUCGGGCAGUCGGAGACUUGUUAGCGAAAACUAUGCGACCUACCAGUGAGAAUACUCCAUCUCGACGUCUGCGGACAUUUUCUGGCCACUCUCCGACGCCAGCCGGUGAAGAGAGCCUUGAUAGCUGGGUUGAGCAGGCUCGCCUGAUGAUUGAAGAGUGCGACUGCUCUGAGCGAGAGAAGCGAAGGAGAGUAAUUGAGAGCCUAAAGGGACCGGCGUUGGAAAUCAUCCAAGCUGUACGGGGAGAUAAUCCUGAUGCCAGCCCGGAGAGCUAUGUAGAGGCUCUAGAAAGUGCAUUUGGAUCCCUGGAGACUGGCGAAGACUUGUACGUCGCCUUCAGGAGCCUGGGUCAACUGCGAGGUGAAAAGCUGUCAGACUUUCUGAGAAGAUUGGAACACUCUUUGACCAAAGUAGUACAGCGAGGGGGUCUGCCUAGCCAUCGAGUCGACCGUGCCCGUAUUGACCAGCUUAUACGGGGUGCAACUGAGUCAGAGAUGAUGUUACUGCAGCUAAGACUCAGAGAGAGGAAAGAGGAACCACCUACUUUCCUGAGGCUGCUCAGUGAGAUUCGAGAAGAAGAAGACCAUGCAAGGGUGAGGUAUGAGUCAAACACCACAGUUAGACAAGUGAAUGUUGGCAAAGAGACCAAAGACAAAUGA